AUAAUUUUUGGGAAUAAUUUUUUUGGCUUCGAGUUGCUCUUCCUACUCCGCGCCCGGCCGCCUUUGCCUGCCUUCCCAUCUCCUCUGGUCUUCCGCCAUGGCCCAGCCCGUAUUCCUCUCCUCUCUCCGCUCCCGCCUCUGCUCCGCGCCGCCGUCGCCGCACCAUCACCUCCAGCCCAGCCGCGGCUACCACGUCGAGCUCGGCGCUCGCGAGAAAGCGCUUUUGGAGGAGGAUGUUGCUUUGAAGAGGUUCAAAUCAUACAAGAACAGUGUGAAACAGGUCUCCAAGAUUGGGAAUGUUCUCACUUUAGCUGUUGUAUUUGGUUGUAGCUACGAGCUUGGUGUGUUGGCGGCAAGCAUGAAGUGAAGGAAAACACAGCCAUUAUUCCGGGAAGUGAUCCAUCAGCGUAGACUGUCAUUCUAUCACCUCGUGUUUUUAGCCUGUCUGCGUCUCUCUUUUUUUUUUUGUCGUGCAUCAUGUAUAAAAUAAAACUAAACUAGGUUAACCUUGAUUUGCGAA